CAUUGGUCUCCCACGGCCUGGCCAAUCAGCGGCGGCGGUGUUGGGAGGCUCCGGCGUGUGGCGGAGCGGCGUGAGGCGCAAUGCUGCGGCGCCAGGCCCGGCAGCGCCGCGAGUACCUGCAGCGCAGGGCGCAGGAGGAGCAGCUGCGGCGCCAGGAGGAGAAGAAGCAGAGGCUGCAGCGAGCCCUGGAUGAGAACCAGCUGCUGCCCACCGAGCUGCGGCGCGAGGCCCUGGCCCUGCAGAAGGAGCUGGAGUUGGACACCCCCGGGCUGGCUGGCAGCAGCAGCCAGGAUGAUGAGUACAGGUGGGCAGGGCUGGAGCCCCCCAAGGUGAUGGUGACGACGUCCCGGGAGCCCAGCGCGCGCCUGCGGCUCUUCGCCAAGGAGCUGUGCCUGCUGCUGCCCGGUGCCCGCCGCAUGAACCGCGGCCGGGCGGAGCUGGGGGCCCUGGUCGGGGCCUGCCAGGCCGCGGGGGUCAGCGACCUGCUGGUGGUGCACGAGACCCGCGGCAGGCCCGACGGGCUGGUCCUGUGCCACCUGCCCCACGGCCCCACCGCCCACUUCACCCUCAGCGGCGUCGUCCUGCGGCAGGAGGUGGGGGGGCUGGGGGGAGCCCCCCUGGCUGCCCCCCACCUGCUGCUGCUGCACCUGGACUCGGCCCUGGGGCGACGAAUCGGGACCAUCCUGAAGCAUCUCUUCCCCGUGCCCCGCCCGGACAGCCGCCGCGUGGUGACCUUCGCCAACCAGGAUGACGUCAUCCUGGUCAGGAACCACACCUACAAGCGCCGGGGCCGGACGGUGGAGCUGGAGGAGGUCGGACCCCGGUUCCAGCUGCGCCCCUACCUGAUCCGCCUGGGCACGCUGGAGCAGGGCGAGGCUGCCGACGUGGAGUGGCGCUGGCAUCCCUACACUGCCACCGCGCCCAAGCGCCGCCUGCUCAGCGCCGCCUGAGCCGCGCCUGGGGCACCCCCUGGGCGCCUGGGGCACCACCUGGGGCACCACCUGGGCGCCUGGGGCCUCCUCUGGACACCUGGAUGCCCUCCUGACACCCAAGUGCCCUCCUGAUGUGUGGCACCCCACCUGGGCACCUCUGUCCUCUUCUGGACACCCGAGUGCCCUCCUGCUGCCUGGGUGACCUCCUGGUACCUGUCGACUCCUGGGUGCCCUCCUGACGCCUGGGUCCUCUCCUGGAUGCCCAAGUGCCCUCCUGGGUAUCUGAAACCCCUCCUGGACUCCUGAGUGCCCUCCUGACGUGUGGAACCCCACCUGGGCACGUCUGCCCUCUUCUGGACUCCUGAGUGCCCUCCUGAUGCCUGGCUCACAUCCUGGACACCUGAGUGCCCUCCUGGUGCCUUCCUCCAGAUGUCAGAGACCCCUCCUGGUGCCCAGGUGCCCUCCUGCACCCCUGGGUGCCCUCCUGGCCGUGGGUGCCCGGGGCUCAGGGUUGCUUUCUCGUCCCAAUGUGUUUUCUCUA